AUGUAUCUGCUGUACUCGACCUGGCAUUACGUCAUCGCUCGCAAGCAAGUCGAGCCAGAGUACACCAUCCCUGGUGAGGACCUCGUUGCCCGCGCCGUCGAACGCGCACAGGGAUCGCCGUCGCAGCCGGCAGCAACUGCGACGUCGAGCUCCAAACUCGAGGCUAGCGCGCCCGAGUGGCGCCCUAUGCCGCAAAAGGUGGCGGCCCGAUCGCCGUCGGUUCUUACAGUCGGUGCUGUCGCCACUGCAUUUGAGAAGCGUAAGUACGACAAGGUGCUCGGAACGCUGCAACUACUGCACAAGGUCCCCUCGGGCGCAUACACACUUCUGGUCCUCUCCGACUCGGUCUUCUACCAGGUCGGUGAGGGCCACGCCGCCCACUGGAACUUUGUUCCUGUUGGCACCGCCGUCCUUACUGUUGUGCCUUCGGUGUACGGCGGCUACAUCGACGAGCCGCCUGUCCUCAAGUCGCUGCCCGGCCUGCCGGUCAUGGGCGAGCCAAGACUCCUCUCGCGCGCCCUGGCUGACUCGGUGACGAGCAACCACUCCUCGCUUCCACCCGCCCGCACCCUCACGCGCACGCUUCUGACCUCGCUCACCAGCUCGGCGUCAGCAUCGCGGACUUCGGUCACCGACCUGGUCGACUCGUUCGCCUUUCCUUGGGAGGCCCUGGCAGCGGUUGUCAAACUCUCGGCUGACUUGGCGACAAGCAAUUAUCUCGACGUCACCGCCCGGCUCGCCGGCUCAAACGCCAUUGCCGGCGGCGCGCCAGCGUUCCAGCUCGCCUCGCUCGGCGGCUCGCGCUCGGUUGCCGCCCCAUCGUCGUCAUCGGGCCUCACCUCGCUCGCCUCGGGCGGCUCGAUGUUCUCCGACGACGGCCUCUGGUCGUCGUUUUCGCUUUCACUCUCUUCGCACUCGAACGACAACUCGUCGUCGUACUCGUCGUCGUCGUAUCAUCCCGGGUUUGACGACGGUGCCGCCUCCGACGAGCGCCCCGCGGAUGUACCGGCAGUCCCAGUAGCGGCACCCUACACCGCACCGCCCACUAUUGACGUUGGACCCUGGAGCACGCGGUCAUCCUCGGGCUCAUCAGUCCCCUCACCGGCGCCGUCAUUUUCGCCUGUCCUCUCGCCGCUGGCCGCCCAUCACGGCCCGCCGGUGGUGCUGAGCGCCCAGCAGCUGUCAUCAGCCGACUCGCUUAUUGGCGCAUCGGGCUCGGACUCGCUACCGUUGAUAUCCGAGUCGUCAGAAGAGAUCGGGCUCGGGCUCGGGACGCCGCCGGCUCGGGCCGAGUCUCCGCAUGUGUCGAGCGAGGAGGGCACGAGCUGCCGGCCGCCGUCUGUCCACCAAGCCAUCCGACGUGCGCUGAAGCAGAUGACGCUGGAAACAAGCUCGCUCCGCGAGCUCGUCGAGACCUACAUGGUUCUGGCAUUCGAGCAGACUGUCUCGCUCGAAGCCACCGCGCCCGAGAAUCAGCCACAGGCCGUGGCAUGGUCGCGCGCGCUGCGGCAGCAUCUUGUCAAGCUCUUUACCAAAUGGAUGUGCACUGGUGCUGACAGCCUCAACGACGCGGCACCGUAUCUUCUCGCGCUUGUCCUGUACGGGUAUGUUGCGCAGGUUUCGGCGCUGAUGCGGGAGCCGCCGGCUGACGACGACUCGCUUGCGUUGGCCCGCGCCGCCUUUGGCAGUGACCACGUCGCACACAUCCGAGCUGCUGUGGGGCGUGUCGAAGCCGCUGCCCACAACAUCCGCGUGGCCGGCCCGGCUCGCUCGCUGGUCUUUGAAUGGGAACGCAGCAGCACUGGUGCGGAUGGACUCGAGGGCCCGACCCGAGCCGCCAUCGGCUGCGCCGAGGUGCUUCAGGCCUUUGGCCCUGUACUUGCCGAGCUGCUGGAGAGUCUCACCACCUCGAUGAGCUCCAGCUCGAGUUCGCGGGCCGACGCUGGAUUCGUAGCUACUCACACUCAGACACUGGCAUUUUGUCUUGCACAUGUCGACACGUUCCACUCGUGGAGUGAGGCUAGGGCCGCCGUCGUCGCUGCUGAAGCCAAUGCGCUUGCUGCAGUGUGGGCCCGCGGCGGCAGCGUGGCUCUCCCAACGUUUCCUCGGACCGACGUACCGCCGCAAGUAGCCGCGGGCUCAUCCGCGUGCCUCGAGGCCACAGCCACGCUCGGUGCGCUCGUUACCGCCGGCACAGCCGCGCUGCGGCCCGAUGCGGAGCUGCGGCCUGUUGCCCGGGCCGCCGUUGUCCGCAUGGCCGCCCGUCUGAGUGUGGUCGACCCCACAGUGGUCGGCCAGAUGGCGCCGCUGGUACAGCGCUGGGAGAAGGGACUAGAAGCCGGUCUGACCCACAUGGCGGCGCUCCCGCCUGUGGUCCAGGUAGCGCUGGCAUGGGCGGCGGCGCUGUGCGCGAUGCGGCAUGAGCGGCCGUUAACAACGCUUGUCGAGCCUGCCUUUACCUGGCUCUCGCACUUUGCGGUGGCGGCACCGUCGAUUUUCUACCCGCUUGAGGCCGAGUGGAGCUCUGUGCUCGAGCGGUACGAGUUUGUCCACCCGGACUCGUCCUAUUUGCUGUUCCCGGCUCGCGCGCGCGAGCCUGGGCUGCGGCGCUACAUGCCGCUCAACUACAAGCUGCGCGAGCUGGUUGUGCUCAGCCUGAUCAACGUGUCGAGAGCCGGGCUAGAGACGGCACUGCCGCUUGUCUCGGCCGUCAACGCGUACAACGUCCCACACGUUGUUCGCGCGCUGCUCUGGCACGUCCGCGCCGCAGGCCCGCUCCCGGCCACUGGAGACGCUCUCGGCGAGCUCCAGCGUUGCAUCCUUGCGGCACUCGCCACCGCCGACAAUGUUUGGCGCUUUGCGGCGGCGGCAGCGGCAGUCUUUGCCGACGCCGGCUUCGCCAGCCUUGGUCACCGGCCGGUUCUCGCCAAGUACCUCCGCGGCGGAGGGUUGUAA